UGAUCCCAUCUGUCUGUAUGUUUUGUCAAAUACGCGUUUACGGCUUACGUUGUUGUGCAGUUUUUGUGAGAAUACUCAGGUUUUAAUAUUGAUAAUGAAUAGUGUUUAAAAUAAAUAUAAGCAAAAACUUCAUUACUUGCAUAAAUAUGGCUAAGGAAGGAGAUAUGUCUUUGUUUGCUGAUGUUUUGGAACCAUUUAGACGGGUGAUCAAUACCGACCCGCCGAAAGACAAACUGUCUUCUUCUUCUAAACUUAAUUUUUCGGAUAGUAACCAGUCUCUUAAAGAAGGGCUUGGUAACCUAUUAUCACUUGGUAAAAGAAAGUCUAGUAUUGGUAUGAUGAAUGAUAUGUCUACGCCUGAGAAACGUCUUCGAACAGAAUCUGGAUCGACACCAGCGUCUGCUCCGCCGUCCCCCUGGGAGACUAAACGUCUGAAGGGUGACUUGAUAGCAGCAAGAGCACAGAUUAUACAACUAGAAUCUCGCAUUAGUCACCAGCACACAUUACGGAAGGAGAUGCAGAUCCUCUUUGAUGAGGAGAAGGGCUGUCUUGUGGAGCAGCACAAGAGAGAUGAGCGGAGGCUCUCGGAGAUGGAGGACCGACUCCAACUCAUCAGGCGAAGGGAGCAGGACCUAAAGGAUGAUUAUAAUGAGGCUGUAAAACAACACAAAGAUUCUAAAUUAAAAUGGGAUCAAGAGAAGAUAGAGUUGCAGAAACAGAUAGCAGACCUCAAAGAUAAGCUACUAGAAGCACAUGUGAGCAGCAAGGAUCAGCUGUCGGAGAUGAAGAAGGAUAUGGAUGAGCUUUUACAGGCUUUAGAAGGUGCUCAAUCAGAAUCAGAACUUUUGAAAAAAGAAGUAGCAAGGCUGUCAACUAAGGCAGAACAGUGUUCCACAAUGAGGAGUCAGUUAGAAAAGACCAUGUUUGAACUGCAGGUUGCUAAUAAUAGGGUGAAGGAGCUGGAGUAUGAGAAAGAUUCAUAUCAUGAUUGGCAGCAACAAGUUAAGACAGCACAAAAACGCCUGUCCAACAUGGCUGAACUGGAAAAGGAAGUAGGGCGCCUUAGGGCUCAGGAGCGCUCACUCCGAGAUAUAGCGGGCAACAAGCUGCUGCUUGAAGAACAGGUGCAUGUUCUACAGUCCAGAGUUGAUGCCCUGCAGCCUGUGCAAAAUGAACUACAUGAAGCUAAGGUGAAGCUGGCCACGUUGGAGUCGUCCCUGGAGGAGUGGCGCGCGGCGGGUCGCGCUCACGGCGUGUCCUCCGCCCGCGCGCUGGGCGCCGCGCUGGAGGCCGCCUUCAGCAGCCAGCUCACCGCCGCCGACACCAGCUCCAAGGCGCAGGCCACUGUGGCGCAGCUCACUGAGGAAGUAGCAACACUCAAGUUUGAGCGUGACAAGGCGACGACCAAGGUCAAUGAUCUGGCAGCAGUGAAGAAGACCCACGAGAAUCUCAUACACAGACUGCAGAAGAGACUGUUACUUGUGACUAGGGAGAGAGAUAGUUAUAGAGAGCAGUUGGACUGCUACGAGAAGGAGCUGACAGUGACGAUGUGUGGCGAGGCGGGCGCGGGCGGCGCCGCGCUGCUGGCCGCGCGCGUGCAGCAGCUGGAGAGGGCGCUGCAGGCCUACCGCGACCUGCUGGCCAGCAGCGACCCCGCCGCGCAGCACUCCGUGGUGGAGAGCCUCCGCGCGGAGGCGGCCAAGUCCCGCGACGAGGCGGCGGCGCUGCGGCGCGAGGCCGGCAAGCUGCGCGCGCAGCGGGACACGCUGCAGCUGCAGCUGGAGAGGAUCGGGGAGCACGCCGGGACCAAGAUUCUACAUCUGACUGACAACCCCGCAGCUGAAGCCCACAAACAAGUUCAACUGGACUACGAUGCUGCGCAAGAAGAAAUCAAAAGACUGAAGGCAGCGCUACGCGACGGAGGUGACUCUAAAGCCUGUCCGGAAGAGAUACAACAGUUGAAACAACAAUUGGAGAGCAGUAAAAUUAAACUGAAGAGGUUAAAAGAAGAGUUUACGUCUUCCGCUCAAGAAUACAGAGAUGUCUGUUAUAUGCUGUUAGGUUAUAAAAUUGAUAGGACUGGUCACAAAAAUUAUAGAAUAUCAAACAUGUACGCAGAAUCCUCCGAAGAAUACCUGACAUUCAACCUAGACGACGACGGCAUAGAGAUGGUCCACACCGACUACUCGUCCACUCUCGGCGAGCUGGUGGAACUGCACCUACACCAACACCGCUCCAUACCGCUGUUCCUGAGCGCUCUCACUAUGGACCUGUUCACCAAGACUACGAUGCAACAAGUCCAAUAGGUAUUGUUAUACUAUAAUGUUUAAGAUAUUAAACUGAUAAGUUUGUGUUUCGUAGAUAGUUUGCUCCAUUAGAGGGUUUGUAAGUGGAUUUUUUGUUAUGACUGCAUGGACAGUGACUAGCGUAAGUUACAUCAAGAAUAAGUAUUUGUAUAUUCCAUGAAUGCCAGUUUUGAAUCUAGGUAUUCUUUGUACUUAUGGUUCAAACUUUUCUUGAAACGACACAAGUUUAAAUUUCAAUGAAAGUUUAAAAAACCAAGGAAAGUUACGGCAAUGAUCGUCUCACCACAGAGCAAAGUCGAAUCCAAAUCCAAAAAAAAAUACAAAAAAUACCGUGUCUUUCGGUAGGCGAUGCGGGAGAACAAUUCUCUAGUAUAGAAAACUAUCUGCGGAUAUUAAGUUGAAAUGGUCCUAAGUUUUUAUAAAAACUUCCUUAAAUAUUUAGUUCAAGAAAUUAAUAGGGAAAAUAGCAUAAAUAGAGUAAGUACUGUAAGUAGAUAGCAAAACACCCGGUUUCUAAAAGUCUUUUCCUUUAAAGAGCUUUAUUAUAAACACCAGCUAUGGCCCAUAGCUAAGAUUCAACACGAACAUAUGUAGCUUGUAGUCCUCACAUGUUAUCAUCACGGGGAAUAUAAAGACGGAACGGCUUGAAUCAAGAUGCAUAAGUUGCUAUUCGAUUUUAAACGGUUUAAAUCGAAAAGUCCUUUAGAAACAGGGGCAAACUAAGCAAGAAGCUAAUCAAUGUAAUUAAAUGUCAAAACACGCAUAGUAUUUGUUAAUUUUAUAAAAAAAUAUUAUAAGUAUGAGCCGACAUCCCAAUUGAGUAGUCGAUAACAUGAGGCUAUGAGACGCGAUAAUAGUUCUUAUUUGUGUUACAUAAAGUCCACAAUUGAGUGCUCGGUUGCUUUUAAUCUUUUUACUUAGUUAUCGGCAAGUUACUUUAUGAUCAUGAGCUUUUACGGGAUUCGGCACUCAAAGGGUAAAAAAGAAACUAUUACCAAGGCACCACUGCCUAUCCGUCCGUCUGGCACCAGUGUAUUCAAUGAACCGAGAUCGCUAGACUUUCUUGAUGAAUCACAAUAGUGUGAAGACUGCGUUUGAACAAGGGUACAAGUGUUGUAACAAGGUUUUUAAAUUGUUUAAACAGCAAUAGAUCUCACACCUAUCAAUCGUUUCUCUUACCCUUACUGUUCUGAAGAAAUUUGCCAAUGGCUAAAUAAAAAGCAAUUAUUUUCUAUGGUCAUAUCUUUACGGUAAAUUAAAAAGUCCCUUCCGCCUCAUAGCAUGUUAUCGCCUCUUCUUUUGUGGGUGAGUGAAGUCCCAAGUCUUAUGAUACAAAUGUUAAAACCGACGUUCACACAAGCGAUAAUUGUUUGCAACACUAAAUUUAUCGACUAUUAGUGGCCAAAAAUAAGGCACAAGGCAUAAUAAGGCAUGAAGGACCAGUUUAAUAUUAUCUCACGAUUUUUAAACGGUUAUCGCUCCGUGUGGACGUAGGUAAAUAGGUAAUCUGUGUAUAUAAAUGAGUGUAUAUAUUGCUGUGAAUUUCUGUCAAUGAAAAUUCCUCUUCAGAGAAAUAGAGGAAUAACAAUGAUUUUGGUUUAGAUACGUAAUAUUUUCCUAAGUUAUAUUGGAGUUUGGGGGUAACUAUUGUAAAUUGUAGCUGUCCGUAACGUUCAAAUUCAUGUGUGACUUAUAUUGAUUUAUUACACCAAUGCCAUGCUUUCUACUCAAGUUACCGCUGCUGUCCAAACACACUUUAUUUAUCUUUCAAUAUAUGUACAAGAUACAUUCACAGCGAUACAUACACAACAUUAUAAUCGGUGUUUAGUUGUGCUACGUAAUCCAAGUUUAGUCCUGUAUUUACUAUAGUUUAAACAUUUACGAUAGAUUUUGUAAGACGAGGGUAGAUAUACCACUUUGCUGCCCACUUAAAAAAAGGAAUUCAGCGCUCUCAUUUUAUGAGAUAAUUAAAAAUCAUUAUAACUUUAAAUUAAAUAAAUUAUUGUAGGUAAAUUUUAAUUACUUUGUUUUUUCUGGCUCUUAUCGCCCCUCUUGAUGUCUUUGACGCCCACAAGUGGGCGUUAUCGCUCACUUUGGGGAAGAAUACUAUAAAGCUGGAUUAUUUGUACCUGUGGAAGCGAGAUGGCGCUAAUCGGCGUUUCUCUUCUACUUAUUAUCUUACUUGAAGCAUUAGUGGUAGGCGGUAGGACUGGUGCAUGCGAACACCACUACAACACCAGGUUACACCCCUUUAUAGAUGCAUACCUAAGCGGUACUUACAUGUGAUUGUGCCUAAAGAAAAUGAAAGGGAGUAUGUCUCUUAGGUACGAUUAUUUUUAAGUGUUGUUUGAGUAUGCAUUCGAAACUACAGUUGUCGAAAACCACGUAUCAUCGUAAGCUAUCAUUUUUAGUUUCUGUGAAUGAUAAGCUUGGUAAAACUCGUUUUUUAUACUUAAGAAAGAUGGAAGCAAAGUAUAACAUCAAACUGGUAGCACUCAUGAGAAGCGCAUAAUUCAUAUUAAUUUGACAUUUAAGAAUACAAUAUUAAGGAAAUUACUGUAAAUAAGUGAGUUUUGAAUAAUUUUGUAAUAUAUGUCAUUCCUUUAUUUCGUCAAUAAAAGAGUCUCUAGGA